UCCACUCCAACAAGAUGAAAGAAACGAUCAUGAACCAGGAAAAACUGGCCAAGCUGCAGGCACAAGUAUGCAUUGGUGGGAAAGAAACUGCUCGCAGAAAGAAGAAGGCGGUUCACAGAACAGUCACAGCAGAUGAUAAAAAACUGCAGUUCUCCUUAAAGAAGUUAGGAGUGAUCAUGUUUACAAACCAAGGAACAGUGACCCAUUUUAACAACCCUAAAGUUCAGGCAUCUCUGGCAGCAAACACCUUCACCAUUACAGGCCAUGCUGAGACAAAGCAGCUGACAGAAAUGCUUCCCAGCAUCCUAAACCAGCUUGGGGCAGACAGUCUGACUAGUUUAAGGAGACUGGCUGAAGCUCUGCCCAAACAAUCUGUGGAUGGAAAAGCACCACUUGCUGCUGGAGAGGAUGAUGAUGAGGUCCCAGAUCUGAUGGAGAAUUUUGAUGAGACUUCUAACAACGAGGCAAACUGAAUUGAGGCGACUUCUGAAGAAGGUGACACUUGCAGAAGUCACUGGAGCUGCUAUUUUAUAUCAUGACUGCUUUUU